AAGGGAAGGGAUUCUCCGAUCCACAGGAGAUCAAUCACAGUUUGCCUGGAUCUGUCCCUGUUUAUGCCCAUUGUCCCAGUAUAAUUUUUUUUUCUUUUGAUUCGGAGUUUCACUCUUGUUGCCCAGGCUGGAGUGCAAUGGCGUGACCUCGGCUCACCGCAACCUCCGCCUCCCGGGUUCAAACGAUCCGCGUGCCUUAGCCUCCCGAGUAACUGGGAUUACAGGCAUGCACAACCAUGACCGGUUAAUUUUGUGUUUUUAGUAGAGACAGGGUUUCUCCAUGUUGGUCACUUUGGUCUCCAACUCCCGACCUCAGGGGAUCCGUCCGCUUCGGCCUCUCAAAGUGCUGAGAUUACAAGGCUUGAGCCACUGUGCACAGUCUCUCCUAGAUUUUCAAUCCGCGCGGCUUCCUUGGACUGGCUUUGGACGACGCUUUCGCCUUCCUGCUGCCUAGGAUCCGCCGACAUGAAUCCCAUCGUAGUGGUCCACGGCGGCGGAGCCGGUCCGAUCUCCAAGGAUCGGAAGGAGCGAAUGCACAAGGGCAUCGUCAGAGCCGCCACCGUGGGCUACGGCAUCCUCCGGGAGGGCGGGAGCGCCGUGGAUGCCGUGGAGGGAGCUGUGGUCGCCCUGGAAGACGAUCCCGAGUUCAACGCAGGUUAUGGGUCUGUCUUGAACACAGAUGGUGAGGUUGAAAUGGAUGCUAGUAUCAUGGAUGGAAAAGACCUGUCAGUAGGAGCAGUGUCCGCAGUCCGGUGUAUAGCAAAUCCCAUUAAACUUGCUCGGCUUGUCAUGGAAAAGACACCUCAUUGCUUUCUCACUGACCAAGGUGCAGCACAGUUUGCAGCAGCUAUGGGGGUUCCAGAGAUUCCUGGAGAAAAACUGGUAACAGAGAAAAACAAAAAGCGCCUGGAAAAAGAGAAGCACGAAAAAGGUGCUCAGAAAACAGAUUGUGAAAAAAACUUGGGAACCGUGGGUGCUGUUGCCUUGGACUCCAAAGGGAAUGUAGCCUAUGCAACCUCCACAGGGGGUAUCAUUAAUAAAAUGGUCGGCCGAGUUGGGGACACACCGUGUGUAGGAGCUGGAGGUUAUGCUGACAAUGACAUCGGAGCCAUCUCAACCACAGGGCAUGGGGAAAGCAUCCUGAAGGUGAACCUGGCCAGACUCACCCUGUUCCACAUAGAACAAGGAAAGACGGUAGAAGAGGCUGCGGACCUAUCGUUGGGUUAUAUGAAGUCAAGGGUUAAAGGUUUAGGUGGCCUCAUCGUGGUUAGCAAAACAGGAGACUGGGUGGCAAAGUGGACCUCCACCUCCAUGCCCUGGGCAGCCGCCAAGGACGGCAAGCUGCACUUCGGAAUUGAUCCUGACGAUACUGCUAUCACGGACCUGCCCUAAGCCCCUGGAAGAUUGUAUUCCAGAUGCUAGCUGAGACGUCAAGUACGGUCUCCUCAUGAGACGUAGCCUAAUCAAUUAGAUCUAGAAUUGGAAAAAUUGUCCCGUCUGUCACUUGUUUUGUUGCCUUAAUAAGCAUCUGAAUGUUUGGUUGAGGGGCGGGUUCUGAAGCGAUGAGAGAAAUGCCUGUUUUAGGAGGAUUGCUCGAGCCUGGGAGGUCAAAGCUGAGGUGAGCCAUGAUUACUCCACUGCACUCCAGCCUGGGCAACAGAGUGAGACCCUGUAUCCAAAAAAAGGAAAAAAAGAAAGCAGCAGCAUGAUCCUGACACCACAGAUGUGGGAGACCCACAGCAUGCAGACACUGUGGGCUGAAAGGUGGGAAGGGAGAGGCCAAUGGAGGUGGAGGCGUUUGAAAGUGAGACAGCAGCAGCAGGACUGGUGGGCCAAGUCCAAGUGACCCUCAGAAUGUUGCACAAGAGCAUCGGGGGAAAGAACCAGAAUCCUUUAAGGGAAAUGUUCUUCAUGUACAAGAGAGUAAAGGGAUUUUUCUAAGAAGGUUCAGCUCUCUGACUUACCUGGACAUUUCUAGAUACUUCCAAAGGACCCUGUGGGAACCCAUAGCUCCCUAACCUGGAGAUGGGAGGUCGUAAUGGAGAUGCUGUGGGAUUUCUUGAAGUUUCUUGGGUUCACAGAGAAGCCCCCUCACUUGUUGUUCUCCCGCGAGCCAGCCUCCACCUGCCAAAGACGCUCUGGUCCUCAUAUAGUGAGUAGUGGGGCUCACGGCCUCUCCAACAGCAGAGAGGAGCUGACUGCUGUAGAGCUGGCCCCAUGUCUUCCUGAGUCCUCACCCUGUCCAGUGCUUUGAGAUUCUUCCCACCUCCCCAUCCCCCCAGCUGGAUCGGGCGCUGUGCAGUGUGGUCAGCGUGGUGAAGAAAGUCGUUUCUUUGGUGGACAAUAUUCUCCUUUAUCUCUCAUUACACUGGAAAUGUUACUUCUGCUGUAUCGUCCAUGCUCAAGGUUUUAGUCUGUCAGGGCUCACCUUCUCGCUGGAAAGAAUUUGCUUAACUUGACAUUCCAUGUGCCGCUAAUAAAAUCUAUUUUGAAAGAAUA